AUGCGCCGGAAGGGUGAAGGAGUGGCCACAUUGAUGGCGUUGCUGGGUCCUCCGCCAGGCUCAAUGAAGGGCUCAGCCUCUCCUUUUCGAUGUCAACAAUCGCUUUUCCCCAAAAAUAUCCCGACAACUGUCAUUCGUCGUCCAUCAUCGCCUGGCGAGCAUCGGGUUGUCGAGAGAUUUUCCUCCACUUCGUCUCCGCCAUUCAAUUAUGCGCCAUCAAGUCAAUCGACGAGUCGCGCGAGUAGCAGCACAUCAAUUUGUCAAAAGGGCGCCUCUCAUUGUCAGGGUUCACCCGUUUGUCUCACUGUUUCAUCGCCGCUUCAGCCUGGGAAUUCGCAUACGGUUCGAUACACUCUUCCAAUCAAUUCCCGCAAGAGCAGUUUAGGAAGUUGUGAAAAGGAUAGAAAGACAAUGGAUUUCGAUCCACAUGGAGCAAAAUGGCAGUGCUGUUGCUGCAAUUUGCCAAACGGAUUGAAAAUCUUGGCUGUUGGAGAGGUGCUUCUCUCAUCGAUAAUCAUCACCUCAGCGUCAGCUUACAUUGCAACAAGUGAUACGGGUGUCACCUGGUUUCUCGGAAGUCUCAUCGUUGUCUGUAUAAUCAUGGCCGUCAGUUCAAUACUUCUUUUUGCUGGUAUUCAUCGACAUUCCCCCCAACUCCUCUAUCCGACUCUCGGUGCUCGCUCGUUGCUCAUCAUCUUUUUCACGGUUUUCUGCGGUUCAGUGAUCACAGCUCCGAACUCCGAAGUGGAAAUGGUUGAGUCAGCGACAAUGAGCAUGGAUCAGAAAGGGCAUUGGACACACCAUCCAAGAAAUAAUAUUGAAGCUGCGAGUGAGAGUCUCGCUUUACGAUUGGUCGCUCUUGUGUUCGGGAUGCUUUUCUUCGCCGUUCUCGUUCUCUACACGAUUUAUCUUGUGCUCCGUUGUGUCGGCUAUGAGCGUUCAUUUGCGCGACUUCGAGAACGCCGCGAGUCUUUUAUUCAAGCUGGGAUGAUUGAUCCUGAUUUGGGGAGUCGACGUGGAUCAAAUUGU